GUGCGCUUCUUCUUCUUCUGGUGGAUUUGGCUCUGGGUCUCUCUCCUCGGAUGCACCCUGACGCACUGCUCCGUGGGAUAGGCUCCAGGCGCACCGUGCAGCGGCAGCAGACCAGCAAGCUGCCCCUCUACAUGAUGCAGCUCUACCGGACUAUGCUGACCGAGGACCGGGCCGGGACUCCGGCUGCCACCGUGAGCCAGACCAGGACGGAGGACAACGCCGGUCUGCAUGACUCCGACUCUGUGAUCAGCCAUGUCGCUAAAAGUUGCCAUCAGAUUGGCAAGAGGUGGUCCAUCACCUUUGACAUGUCCUCCAUGUCUGCAAGCGACAAUGUCCAGCUGGCUGAACUUCGCAUCCGUCUGCCCGCCUUCACCGAGUCUUCCCGAGCCUCAGUGGACAUCUACCACUCCCACAGGGACCAGUGCUCCGACAUGCACUGCCCGGAGAGCAGGCUGCUCCUGGGCAGCCUGAGAUCUCAUCCCAGUUCGAUGGUCUCCCCCUCCUCCUGGAAGGUGUUCAACAUGACAGAGAUGCUGAGCCGCUGGCUGCAGCAGGAGCACUCCACGCAGAGGACGGAGGAGGAUGAGGCUGAGGUGAGAGAGGAGGAGGAAGAGCAGGAGAGAGUACAACACCCUACAGCAGACCAGGUCAUGAUGGUGGUCUUCUCCAGGCAGAACCCUAACGGCCAGCGAAUGCCAACGCUCAUCCGCACAGCAGAGCACUCUAAGUACGUCAGCCUGGACAGGGAGCGGGUGACGGCUGGCUCAAGCUCCAGUGUGAGGAGCCACAGGGCCAAGAGGCAUCACCAGACCCAGCAGCACAGACAGAGAGUAGCCGAAGCUGUUCUUGCUGGCAAACCCAGAGAGGAGGAGAAGAAGGGUCCUCUCUGCAGGAAGGUGGACAUGUGGGUGGACUUUGAGAAGCUCGGCUGGAGCGAGUGGAUUGUUUAUCCAAAACAGUACAACGCCUAUCGCUGUGAAGGGAGCUGCCCUACACCAGUAGACGAGACCUUCACCCCAACCAACCAUGCGUACAUGCAGAGCCUGCUGAAGCUUCACCACCCAGACAAGGUGCCGUGUGUUUCCUGUGUGCCAACACGCCUGGCGCCGCUUUCCAUGUUGUACUACGAGAACGGAAAGAUGGUCAUGAGGCAUCACGAGAACAUGGUGGUGGAGGAGUGCGGCUGCAACUGAGCGAGAGACUUGUAAACCUUUUAAAAAGGUUGGAAGUCAGAGAAACACUGGACUGUAGCCACUGAGUCACAGGCACAGAAGAGUACUGAGCUGCUCAGAGGCACAAAGUGGAUGUACGUCCACAGGCACUUUACAGAAACGUCCAUGUUGACACUGGGACGGAGGCUGCUGCUGCGAUGCAGGAGAUGAAAGAAGGGAACUACUGUAUAUACUGGACACUGCUCUCUAAAUUAAAGAAUUGUAAAUUAUUGGUACUUUUUGUAGAUUAGGUGACCUACAUUUGUGCCUUGGACUACAAGUGGAUCAGCUAUAAUUCAAGGUUAUAAGGUGCGAUUAUGGUAGUGGGCUGAUCCAGUCAAGAUCAACUUAAAAGCACAAUACGGUCACUGACAGAAGCACUACUGAAGUUU